AAGAGCAGUCAUUGUGCAUCUCAGCAAGGCCAAGGCCGGCAGGGCUACGGUGCGGGCAGCGGGAGGCAAUAGGCUUAACGUUCAGCGCAAAGCCGUACCAACCAUUCUGCACCUCGCAGUCGACUCUGACGGUUGUACAAGCGCAAGAAAAGCCGCAGCAAUGGUGGACGCCGCAACUAUUGAGAAAUUGGAGGCUGGAUUCGCCAAGCUCCAGGCCUCCGACUCCAAGUCGCUGCUGAAGAAGUACCUCACCAAGGAGGUCUUUGAUGCUCUUAAGAACAAGAAGACCUCCUUCGGAUCCACACUCUUGGAUUGCAUCCAGUCAGGUCUUGAGAACUUUGACUCUGGUGUUGGAAUCUAUGCCCCAGAUGCUGAGGCAUACACAGUCUUUGCUGACCUAUUUGACCCCAUCAUUGAAGACUACCACAAUGGCUUCAAAAAGGAUGACAAGCACCCUCCCAAGAACUGGGGUGAUGUAGAAACCCUUGGAAAUCUUGAUGCUGCUGGUGAAUUUAUUGUCUCCACCCGUGUCCGCUGUGGACGUUCCAUGGAAGGUUACCCUUUCAACCCCUGCUUAACUGAGGCUCAGUACAAGGAAAUGGAAGACAAAGUCUCUGCUACUCUGUCUGGCCUUGAAGGAGAACUUAAAGGCACAUUCUACCCCCUCACUGGUAUGUCCAAGGAAGUUCAGCAGAAAUUGAUUGAUGACCACUUCCUUUUCAAGGAAGGUGACAGGUUCCUUCAGGCUGCCAAUGCUUGCCGCUUCUGGCCUACCGGACGUGGUAUCUACCACAAUGAGAACAAAACCUUCUUGGUUUGGUGCAAUGAGGAGGACCACCUCCGUCUCAUCUCCAUGCAGAUGGGUGGUGACUUAAAACAAGUAUACAAGAGAUUGGUGACAGCGGUCAAUGACAUUGAGAAGAGGAUUCCAUUCUCCCACAAUGAUCGUCUUGGCUUCCUCACUUUCUGUCCCACCAACUUGGGAACAACUGUUCGUGCCUCGGUACACAUUAAGUUGCCUAAACUCGCUGCAGACAAGGCUAAGUUGGAGGAAGUAGCGUCUAAGUACCACUUGCAAGUACGUGGAACUCGUGGAGAGCACACUGAAGCCGAGGGUGGUGUUUACGAUAUCUCCAACAAGAGGCGUAUGGGUCUCACCGAGUACGACGCCGUCAAGGAAAUGUACGAUGGCAUUGCUGAACUGAUCAAAAUCGAGAAGUCCCUGUAAGCUUCGAUCUCGCUAUCAGUAUUUUUUUGUAUUCAUUUUCAUAAGUAUUGAAUGUUGUGGGUUGCUUAGCGAUACUAGUCAGCGGCGCCCAUCGCGGGCGACCGGGCGCGCAGGCGGCCCAUUAUACUGUUUUUCUUAAAAGUAUUUUCUAUAAGGAAAUGGAAAAUAAAGACAGCUAGUAUUAAGUCCAA